AAAACUAACUGCUUUUUGUUUAUUCAUAGCACCAGUGCUAAAAGCUGGAGAGAGUAUGAGAGAAAGACUUAUCCAUCCAGUUUAACAGAGAUAAUAUCUCACUGAAGUACAGCGAAAUGGAUGUGGUACCGCUCGCUGCUCCUUCUGCUACACCUAAACCGAUCAAGCCGAUCGAUCUCGAGGAGUACAUCCUAUGCCAGAAGAAGAACCGAUCUGAGUACCUCUCUAGUGGUGAAAUCGGCAGGGGUUAUAUUGUUUCGCUUGCCAAACAAACAGAGAGUAAUGACACUCGAGCUGCUAGGGUUCUUCGACUGACCGUGCAAGAGCAGGGUAUCAUGAAAUACCACACCUCAUCUUGCUACAGAAGUUUUCAAAGGAAUAUGGCUAAGACUGACAGCAUAACCCAACCAAUAGAACAAUCAGAACCAUCUCAGCAGGGGCCUAUUAAUGAUACAUCUGAGCGACACAGCAAGCGAUUUAAGUCCAGUGUAACUACAAAUGUCUGUAUCUUUUGUGGUUCGGAUUGCAAGACAUUUAAACAGAAGAAAAUACACACAUUGUUCAGAAUCUGUGAAAGGCCCAUGGCCCAAAAACUACUAAAUGCGGCCAUGUUGUUCAAGGACCAUGUGUACACUGAAACAGCGGCAAUGUGUAAGCUAGAUGAUGUUUUUGCGGCUGAUAUCCGAUAUCACGACCAAUGUUGUAAAGUCUAUUUCAAUAAAUAUCAUGCUAAAAUUGAGGAAAUACUGAAAAACCUCGAAAUGGAGGAGUCGGUAACAGCCGGAAACAACUCCUUCAAGGCUAGAUUUUUAGCCCUUGGGAUUGACUUUAGUAGGUCAGCACACAGUCUGACUUCCAUCAGAGACAGGCUAAAUGAAGGUUCAGCUGGAAUAAUGUCAAACAGAACUGUAAAGCAGCUGAUCAUCGAGAUGUAUGGAGACGCCGUCUGUUUUACAUACCCAAGUAACAAACGAAUAUCCCAGAUGGUACUUUGUACCAACAGUUCUAUAGAGGCCUUGGUAGAGUCCCUGCGAGUUUCACCUGUCCAACAGGUUGCAACUGAGCUGGCGCAGGAGCUGACAGGAUAUAGGUUUGGACUGCAGAUGAGCUGUGGGUCCAAGCCCCAUUUAUAGACGCCACCUCGAUUAUGAAUGCCGAGAAUUAUGGUUUUGUAAGAUUGGGUAGUUCAUUAGUCCCUGAGUUUGUGAUCUCAAAACCCGAAGGCCUGCCAGAUCCCUGCACAUGUGGCAAGUGUGCUCGCAAUAAUGGGUGUCCCUGCAGGAUAGCUGGGAUCAAGUGUUGCAAGUACUGCAAAUGCAAGGGAGGUGAUUGUUGUAAAAACCCUAUCACUGAAUGAGCACUGCUCAUCAUCCUCAUACGGGGACCUGGACUCUGUUGUCUUACUCUUCAUGUUCCUCACCCUGGUUUACGUGACACAUAAACAGUACUAAUGUGGUGUUAAAUAAGUAUUGUUGGCUGUUGGGUAAUUUAUUUAAGCUCUCUACAUGACACAAAUGUUCUAACUUUGCUCUAAGUCUAGAAAGUUUAAAUUAAUAAAUAUAAUGGCCAUUCCAGUGUGUAUAGGUAGUUGUAUGUAAGUUGACCUAUUAACGGUUUUUAGCCAUUUCUAGUAAAAUAUGAACAUUUUGAGGACCUCAAAAGCAGUCUUGUUAGUUUAUAAUUCAAUGGUUAUAUUAAUUAGUAGAAGACCUAAGUUAAGAUAGGCAUGUAUGCACAUAAUUCAUGAGAGGAUAACUCAAUUUCCAGUACUUGGGUAGUUGUAUGGUAAUAAGUGGACCGAAUGUUCUCGUAAAAUAUCAAAUUAGAAAUGUCUAAUACCCCCCUCCCCUUAGAUAUGGCCAUUCUGAACAUUUUGAGCACCUCAGAAAAUCUGUAGCUCAAACGGUUUAGAAGAUACAGCUAUAUCGGAAGUAGCACUUCCGAUGAAAAGGGGCGUGGUCAUUUAAAAAAGGGCGUGGUAAUUUUGGGGCUUUUCGUCCCGGAUAGAGAUUUUGGCACACAUCCCAAGAUGUUCAGUGGGGUCAUAUUAGUCUAGAACAAUUGAGAUAUUCUCUCCUAAAUUAAGUGCAUACAUAUCUAACCCAGGUCCUCUACUAAAACAAAAGACAGCAUUUACCUGUUUGCAUCCAGCUAGCCAUGCCUUUCUGGUGUACCAGCUACGUGAGAAGCCUCGUUGAUACGUUUUGUCUUU